GAAACCAAAGCUUAUCACUCCGGCCAGGCGGAACAGUAUCCUGAAACCCCCAUCCAAACCUAAAAAGCCGCUGGACAAGAACAACAACUCUUGGAAAGACCCCAGCCCCGACCAAUCAAGGACGACCACCACUCCUUGGCCUGGCAACCACCAGCCCUAAGUUUAAAACCCCUUAGUCUGUAUGAACCGGCUGCUGCGCUCUACAUGGAGGCAGCCUGUCAGGUGACCAGAAAUGGAGAAAAAAGUAAGCAGAAUCUGUCUUGCUUCUGAACCUGAUAUAAUUCAUUUUCUACAAAUCACUUGGGAGAAAACACUAGGAUCUGGUUUUGUUAUUACACUUACUGAUGGCCAGUCAGCAUGGACUGGGACAGUUUCUGAGUCAGCGAUUUCCCAAGAAGCUGAUGACAUGGCAAUGGAAAAAGAGAAAUAUGUUGAUGAACUGAGAAAAGCAUUGGUGUCAGGAGCAGGACCAGCCGAUGCAUACAAGUUUAAUUUCUCUAAAGAGUCUUGUCAUUUCUCCUUUGAGAAAAACCUGAAAGAUGUUUCAUUCAGACUUGGUUCCUUCAACUUAGAGCAAGUCGCAAGCCCCGCUGAGGUCAUUAGAGAACUUGUUUGUGACUGCCUGGACACCAUUGCAGAAAACCAAGCCAAAAAUGAACACCUGCGGAAAGAAAAUGAAAGGCUUCUGAGAGAUUGGAAUGAUGUUCAAGGACGGUUUGAAAAAUGUGUGAGUGCUAAGGAAGCUGUGGAGACUGAUCUUUAUAAAAGGUUUAUUCUGGUUCUGAAUGAGAAGAAAGCAAAGAUCAGAAAUUUACAUAAAUUGUUAAGCGAAGUUCAAGAACUAGAAAAGAACAUCGAGCAUGAAAGGGAAACUACAGCCUGUUCUGAAAUGACUGCUGACAGAGACACAAACUACGAUGAAAGUACUGAUGAGGAAGGGGAAGCCCUGCCGGAUCCUUCAGUGUUAGCUCGAGCUACUUUAAAAAGAGAUGAUUCCAUUAUUUCAAGUCCUGAUGUCAAGGAUAUUGCUCCAAGUAGAAAGAAGAGGCAGCGGAUGCAAAAGAAUCUUGGGGCCAAACCAGAAAUGGUUCCUCAGGAAUCUCAGCCUCAAGGAAAGGAAAUGUCCGACCCUCCAGUACCUGCGAUGUUGAAAAUGGACCACAGCCCAACUGACAUGUCUUUAGAAACUCUACCAAACAGCGGUUCAGGAGACCUCUUUGAUGAGAUUUAACUGUCUCAGAAAAGUACUUUGAUGUUCACUAGACUAUGCUUUCUAUUCAUUUCUUCAAACUGAAAAAAACGAAAUUUCAACUCAGCAACAGCUAUUACUUCAUCUUACAAUUUAAUUACAUACACACUGAGUUUAAACCAUUGUGCAGAGUGGAUUACACAUGAAUAUGAAGAUAGGAUUUGAUGACAGUGGUACAUUAUUCUAAACUAUUCAUUCAGCAUGCCUAUAAUUACAUAAAAUCUCACUUUUUGUUUCGAAGGACACGUUUAUCUUGUUCAGUUUACACGUAUUAUGUGUGGUAACUGUCUAACAUCCUGUCUAGGAAGGUUUUGGA